AUGACUAUGCUUAUUAUAGAAUUGGAAGAAAAAGAUGAAGUAAACAUAAAAUAUCCAGAAGAUACAACAAGUAUUGGCAGUAAUAGUUCUAAUGAUGAAAAAGAUUUAAAUACAUGGCGUAUUCAUAUCAGUGGCAUUGAUGAAUUACGUGAUAAUAUACAUUUUAAUAUAAAACAUUUUGUAUUUAUAAUUGAAGUACGACGAUUAGAUUCUAAUAGUGAAACUCCAUUAAUUAAUGAUGAUGAUAGAACUUAUUGGAUUGUAACAAGACGUUAUCAAGAUUUUUAUUUAUUAGAACAAAAAUUAAUUCGAUUUCAUGGAGUUUUUUCUGAUGCACGUUUACCAGCAAAACGAUCGACAACAGGUGCUCGAAAUCGAGAAUUUCUUGAAUCAAUUAAACAAGAAUUUGAACAUUUUUUAAGACAUUUAUUAUCUAAACCAACAUUACGUAAUAGUGAAUUAUUAUACAAUUUUCUUACACAACCUGAUGAUUUUAUUUUACCAAAUGGUGAAGAUGUUUUAGCAAAAAUGUUCAGAGUUGUACCACGUCGAUUACGUACUGAGAAAGGUCAAUAUCUUGAUCCAUUUCUUGUAUCUUUAAUCAAUUAUGCUGAACCAGCAAAACCAAAAGCAACACAAGCAACUCCAGUUUUUAAUGAUAUUAUCGAAGCAAAACUUGAAAAUUCAAUCUAUGGAAAUAAUGCAAAUGUAACAGAUCCUAUAGAAGAAGUUACAGUAAAAGAAAAAUCUACUACUCAUGAACUUGAUAGUGCCUAUGAUCAUUUGAUUGUUGUUGCUAAACAAGUUUUUUCUGCAUCACCUUUAUUAAUUUAUCUAUUAGAUUUACUUCGUAUACCAUUAAAAAAUUCCUUUAAUACAUUCUUUUCAAAAUUUAUUGAUGAUAAUGUUGAUGAUAUUAUAAAUGAUGAAGAGAAUAUUAUUGAUGUAAUUCAUGCUCUUCGAGAUGUAGUCUUUCCAAAUGAUGCAGAAGAUAAAGGUCCUACGGAUUUAGUUAAUUUUGAUGAUGUUGUUGCAGCAGCUGAAGAAUUUUUACCAAAUGUGAUUAAACUUAUACUUGGUAAAUCAAAUGUUCAAAAUGGUUUACAAACAAUUUUUCAAUAUUUUCAAGAUCCAUUACUUAAUAAACAAUUAUUUUACAUGAUUCUCGAUGAAAUUCUCUUACAAAUUUUUCCUGAAUUACAAGCACAUUUUGAAAAAGCAAAUAUUCGUUUAGCAUAA